GUUUAAUUGCCCAACAGCUGGUUCUGGUUCUGUGUGUUGAGUUCUGUGUAAAAGAGCUGGCUCUAAGAUAUAAAGCUUAGACCUACCCUCUGCUAUUUGAUGAAAUGCUUUAUUUUAGAUCUAAUGAUGGAUGACUUGAACGGUUUGCAGGCAUUUCAUUUUUGCAAAUGUUUCAGUUUCCAUUAAAUGAUUGGUAUCCAGUCCACUCAUCCUGGACCCUUGAUGCUAAUUUCAAUCUAGUGCUUGCAUCCUCAUUUCAAAAAAAGGCAUCAUAAAGAAGGGUUCUGCAGAACCCUUUAUGGGAUUCAAUUAAAAUAGGUGGAUUCCUAAGGAAAGCUGAUGCAUGUUUGUCAUUAUUUGCUCGACAUACAUUAGGAACCAAGAACCUUGUUGCUCAUCCAGAUCUAAAGGGGGUUAGUGAGGAAAUCGUUAAAAGCUUUUGGAGCGCUCUGAAGAGUUUCAUUAUGUUGUUAGCUCACACCAAUCUCUCAUCAGCUGUUGGGUAGGCAGGAAGUGUACCGAUUAGUAUUACUAAUGGACUGAGAAUAGAAGCUCUUCCUCUGCUGCUCAGCUUUUGCUUGCAGUAAACAAGUUUGUUGGAAGUUUUAAGAUUUGGCAUGUUUGUUUGUAUGCUUUCUUGACAGAAUACAUCUAAGCUAAUGAUGUUAAUUUCUCCCUGUCAAUUGGCUGAUACUUCUGCUUGUCCACAAACUUGAUAUAUGCCAGGCUAGAAUGAUACUUAAUUCACAUGAACUUGAAGAUUAGACUAGUCUUUAAUAUUUUAUUGUUUCAAGAGCCAAAAUGUGAAUUUGCAAAUGAAAUUACUAUUUGAUAAGUAUAGCAGCUUCUGUUUCUCAAGGAAUGAAGCUGUCCCAAUUCA